UGCUUUCCUUAGCAGCUGUCCCUUUGGUCGGACAGACAAGAUAAUGCGCUUUCUCCCUCGAGCCAUCAUCUUAACUUUUCUAGGCUUUAUUUCCCUGUUAUGGUGGCACCAUCUUCUCUCUACACCUCAGCAGCAAGACCAUCUGACCGUCAAAGAGGAGAUUGAUGUACCCCUCACAUUUGAUGCUCUGCUACAUAUUCAACAGGUCAGAAAAAAGACAUUGCGGUCUUUUUGCAGGAAAAAAGGCAAGCUCGCUAAACUUCCUCCUACCCAACAGGAAGCUUCCCAGGCACUCUCUUCUAUUGCAGUGAAUAACAAACUGAAUUUCCUGUACUGCAAAAUACCAGCUACUGGGGUAGAAGAGUGGGAACAGCUGUUGGAACUGAUACUGGAGAAAGAAAAUGUCACAUUGCAGGUGCCUGUCCCUUAUCACCAGGACUUUGGUAAUGAAAAGGCCUUGAGUGAAUAUAAGUUGACAUCAAUGGAGACUCUGCUUAAAACCUAUACAAAAGUGAUUUUCAUUAGGGAUCCUUUCCAGAGACUUAUUUCUGCUUAUAUGCAUGGGUUAGCAGACAAUCUAACCUUCAAAGAGUUCAUUCACUACAUCUUAUACAGUGGGUCCAAGAAUGCCAGUGUUGAGUGGACACCAUUAGUCAAGCUAUGCCGUCCAUGUCUUGUUCAAUAUGAUUAUAUCAUAAUGUAUGGGUUUCUGGGCAAUGAAGUACACUAUUUGAUGCUCCGGACUGGAUUUCCAGAUAACAUUCAGAUGCCUGAGUUCAUGGACUCCAAGCUUCAGUGGACAUAUAACUGGCUAGAAGAACAGAUGUUCAGUGAAUUAUCCCUUGUGCAGAAGAAAAGGCUUUGCCAUUUCUUUCGAUUUGACUUUGCUGCAUUUGCCUUUCCCAGAAGUUUGCUCUGGGACCUUGUUUGCAUUUCUGGAAACAGUUAAGACUACUUUGGCUAGAAGAAUGGAUGAAGAGGUAUAUAGUCAUCAAAGAAUAAUGCAUAGAACUGAACUGAUGAAAUGAAAUCUCAGGCUCUUACAGAAUGGGGACCUACAAUGCUGGUCUUGACAUCCGGUGGAAAAAAAUUCAGUAAUGUAACUAUGUGCCUUGUAAAGAAGCACUUCCUUUUAUUGGUCCUGAAUCUUCUGAAUCAUUCACAGUCCAUUUUUUUUAUUUUAUGUUCCUCAAUAAUCUGCAAAUAUUAGCACCUGACCGCUCAUCCCUAAUUCCACAUCAUUUAGAAACAAAUGAAAAGCAUUGUCUGGAAAAAGAGCUUUGGGGAAAUCUCACUUUUUACAUUCUCCCAUAACCAAUGUUCAUUCUAAUUUUUGGUGUGCUGUGUGUGGAAAAAAAAUGUUUUGUACAGCUUUUCCCAAACCAAGCACACGAGUAAAUUACAAAUACAUAUAAUAGUGACAUGUUAAAAUAUUUACAUAUUUCUUAGUUAAAAUAUAGAAACUGGAAAGUAUAAUAGUAUGUCAUGUACACACUUGAAAGUUGUGCCUUCAAGUCAUUUUGACUCCUGGCAGAUGCCUCCUGCAAUUUUCUUGGCAAGGUUUUUCAGAAGU